GAAUGGCAGGUGAUGUGUGUGUGCAACACUGCAAGGCGGUCAGCCGGCGAGUUUGCUAGAGACAGAAGUACCAACAUAUUGUUUUUACAAUGGAUGGUGUUAACUCAUUUAAUGUAUUUAUCUCGAGACAUAAAGUACAACUUCAGUCUUACGGUGUCCCACAAUUAUUUUGGGAAGUUUUGUACAAGAAGUUAAAAGAUCAGAUUUAUGAUGCCGGCCUUGUCUUCCAGUUGACAAAAGUGGAAUAUGAAAACGGAGAAAAGCAUGUUACAGAACCAAUAUGGAAGCUAAUUGUAACUGCAGAGAAUGGCAUUUUUGCGCAGGAUUCUAAUAAUAUUUAUCUUAUCGAUCAUGCAUGGACGUACGACGUCGGUAGUGCACAACAGAAUUUAAUUCAAGUACCCGGCCUACUUGAUCGAAUGUGCACUCUCAUGGGAGUGAACACUGAGCUGGACGAGCAGGAGAAAGUCGAGAAUGUUAUGAACGAGAUGUGGCGUUACAAUCAGUCGUAUUCGGUGAACUACGGAGAGAUAGAGGAUAGAAUGCCGAUAUGGUACAUCAUGGACGAGGUUGGUUCAGCGAUAAACCACAGCGACGAGCCAAAUUUCAGAGCUGUCCCUUUUCUGCAUUUGCCGGAAGGUGUAAUUUAUACGCUUCUGUUUCCCGUUAGAGACGUUGCUGCGGGGCGUGAAGUCACGAGGGAUUUUGUAGAAGGUCAGACGAGGGAUCCCGAAAAGAGGCGUGCGCUGUUAUUGCCUUGGGUCCACAGCACUUUUGAGGAGGAGAGUUUUGAACAGAGCGAGCCAGACGCGGAUUAUUUUUCGGCGGGUCAUAUCCCGGAGAGCCUGCCGGAGAACCUGGAUGCAGUCAAGGCAGAUAACAGUCGAAAAUUCAAGGUUUUCUCGCAAUACAGUUUUGUGAAUAAUUACUUGACGGAUCCGGCAUUUGAGAUUACCGACAACGAGGAAGAGGCGGAUAUACUAUGGUUCGUGUCUCACUACAAGUCGUACAAGGAAUUGAACGCUUCCUCGCCCCACGUAUUUGUAAAUCAAUUUCCCCACGAGAACGUUUUGACGACGAAGGAUCUUCUGUCGAUCGUAUGCAGAAGAAAGGCAUCGGGCAAAUUGUAUGACUCGGAUACUCUCGAGACUUAUCCGGAAUGGCUACCGACGACGUACAAUCUGAGCACGGAAUUGGUGCAAUUUGUCGCUUACUUCACGCAACGGGCGGAUAAGGACUUGGAUAAUCAUUGGAUUUGCAAACCGUGGAACUUGGCGAGGGGUUUAGACACUCACAUCACGAACAAUCUCUAUCGUAUACUGCGGCUGCCUUGCACCGGCCCAAAGAUCGCGCAGAAGUACAUCGCGCGGCCAGUCUUGUACAAUCGAUCGGACAUCAGUCAGGUGAAGUUCGAUAUUAGGUACGUUGUGCUGCUCAAGUCCGUGAAGCCGCUACGCGCGUACGCUUACGCGAACUUCUUCCUGCGCUUCGCAAAUCGACCGUUCGCGCUGAACAAUUUCGACGCUUACGAUCAACAUUUCACCGUGAUGAAUUACACCGAGGGGGAUACGCUGUUCCACGAGAGGUGCGCCGAUUUCAUCGUGGAAUGGGAGAAUCAGUAUCCCGAUUAUCCCUGGAAGACUUACGUCGAGCCGAGGGUACUCUCCGUCCUGAGGCAGACCUUCGAGGUUGCGGUCGCGCAACCGCCGCCGAAGGGGAUAGCCGAGAGUCCGCAGAGCAGAGCCGUGUACGCCACCGACCUGAUGCUGGAGUGGAGAGGCUGCGAGAUGCAGCCCAAGCUGUUGGAGAUGAAUUUUACGCCCGACUGCCAGCGGGCGUGCGAAUAUUAUCCGGACUUCUACAAUGACAUUUUUAAAUGCCUGUUCCUGGAUAUCGACAAUCCGGAAGUGUUUCACGUGUUAGAUUCAGCCGGCGAAUAAUAUCAUUUAUAUAAUUUAAAAUCAUAAAAUGAGAGAUUUUGUUACUAUUGUGUAAGUAUACAUUGUUCGUUUUUGCUACGCAAAAAUACAUAAAAAAGUACAUUUCUCAAUGAAAUUCGUAUGACUAUUAGACUUUUGUUUGUUGGCUGUGACUAUGUAACGAAAUUAUUCGAAACGCAUGAUCGUUUGCUACUUAAAUGAAUUCCAUAUUCAUGAGCGAAAUAUGGAAAUGUAUGUGAUCGUUGAAUUAUUUCGGACUCACAUUCGUAUUCGGAUCGAUGAAUUGUCUAUGUCAUGAUGUUACUUUCGAUGUUUACAUAAGUAAAUUUCUAAUUUAGCAUUAAUUAUAUUUGCAUUAUUAACUGAA